AUGAAUACCACCAAUUAUACAACUAAUAACGGUGACGAAUUCUCGCAUAAACUCAUCUUUAUCCAAGGAUUGAUUUACAUUCCAAUUCUAUGUACUGGAAUUGUCAAUAAUCUGUUCACUAUCAUAGUCAUGCUAUCAAAUCGAGAAAUGUAUACAGUUACCAAUUGUUAUCUCCUCAAUUUAGCUAUUAGUGAUACUUUACCGUUAAUUAUUAGUUUACCAUUUGAAAUUACGUUUUUGCGCAUCCAACUUCCAUGGAACAAGAUCGGCUGUAAACUUCGGAGUCUACUCGCUGAAACAUCGACGAAUGCAUCGAUUCUAACGAUCAGCGCGUUUACUAUUGAACGUUAUUUAGCAGUUUGUCGUCCGUUACAUACGUCUUAUCAUUCAACUACACGACGUGCUAUUAAAAUCGAAUUUCUCAUUUGGUUCGUUGCCGCAACGUCUUCUAUUCCAUACUUUCAUUUCAUCGAACGAAUCGAUAAUGAUUUAUUCUUCGUCUUGCCCGCAUUCAUUCUCUGUUUCUUGUAUGCAUUGAUGGCACAACGCUUGUAUUCAGUUGGUUUAAUUAAUCGAAUUCGAUGGUCAAAAUCCAGCGGAACGGAAUCUUGUUCGUCACCAAGAUGUUUACAAAAGAUUGAGUGUGACAAUGUGAAUCCCAAAUGUCAACGACAUUCGUCAACGUCUUCAAUACUAAUUCGGCACUCGUCGAUCCUGCGCUCUAACAAAAGUUCUCUUCCUGGCUCAAUUAAUCCAACUCCAUCAAUGAAAAUCUCAGCAUUUAAAAUGCUUUUUGCGGUUGUUAUUGCUUUUAUCAUCUGUUAUGCGCCAUUUCAUGUUCAACGAUUAAUUACGAGUAGUCUACAUCACAAUCAUCUCACUACCAUUCAGCAACGUGCCAUAACUAUUUUUUACUUUAUAAGUGGAGUGCUCUAUUUUCUUGGUGCAUCUAUUAAUCCGAUAUUCUAUCAUUUGUACUCUCGACGAUAUCGGCAAGCAUGUCGACGUACGAUAAGACGAAUUCUACACUGCCAACAACAGUAUCAUCAUCGUCAUCAUUAUCAUCACCAUCGCAAUCAUUCUUUUCGUCAGAUUCAGUAUCGCAAGACCGAACAAUUGCGACCUUUUACACGUCUCAUUGGCUGUGCAAAUAAUGAUUCAGUUGUUUUGCCGAAAAUUGAAGCGAUCGAUCGACUGACACCUAAAUACCGAAGUAGUUGCGAUCUAAGCAUCAAAACACAACAUCGAUGGAGUUGUUCAUUGCCGGACUUAUAUAUAAGCUCGGUUAAUGCAUAA